AUGGAGCAGCAUCUUGAUGUUAUUGUUGACGUAGAAGUGGUGGACAAAUGUCAAACAGGAGGUAUCUCAACAAAUAUGGAAGUCUUUGGUUUGAGGAAAAUACUUGAAAGAAUGGUUGGUGAAAUUGUUGUUUCUGAAAUGGUUACAGAUGCUUCAGCUGCAGUUAUUGCAUUGGUUCGAAAGAUGAAAGGUAACACAUCUCAAUAUUAUGGCAUUUUCAUUUAGAUUUGACAGAUAUAUUAGUGGGUCAUUCGGGAAAAGAUUUGCAGCCUAUAAAGUUCAUAAUUAAUGUUAUUGUCAAGAAUACUGAUUUACAAAACUAUUAUAUAUAUAUUCUUUUUAAAUGUUUAGAACCAAUGAGUAUAUUUUUAACAAAAUACAAAACAAGUGAAACUCCAAGUUUCACUUGUUUUGUAUAUUCUCCUUAUCAUAUUACCAAGUGAACAAUAACACAACAGCCUGUUUCAUCCAAGAGGAAUCAUCAGAAGCUGCCACCUGAUGAUUCCUCUUGGCUUCAGGCUGUUGUGGUAUAGAACCGAGGUAUAAAACUACAUAUCUACUCUUUUUUUAUAUGAAGCACUCUAUAUAGGAGUGUUUUGGUUCACGAAAUGCCAAAGAGUGCGCAAUAUCAUAAAGAUAAAGCAGAUAAUGUACUUUUUAUCUCAAAUAAUAUAUGUAUUAUUUUUUUUUAAUUUGCCAGAGAAGCAUCCCAAAGAGUUUGGCGAUCUUUUUCAUGCACUAGAUGUCUGGCACAAAUCUAUCAAACUAUCAAAGAAACUUGCCAAGGUAUUUGAUUUCUACCUUUGUGUGUUGUAUGUCUGUGAAUAUGUUUAAAUAUACAUACAAAAGUUGAUAAAUGGAAAAUAAUAUUUUCCCACAUUACUGUCAUAGGCAGCUAAAGUGAAGAACUGUGAAGCAGUUGCUGAAUGGUCUGAGGCAAUACGAAACCACUUCUGGUUUGUCUGUCAGAAUUGUGAUGGUGAUGAAGAAAAACUUAAGGUAAUCCUAACAGAAUCUUUAUUGUUUACUAAUAACAAGUUUCAUAAUUUGGUUCUAGUCUAAAAAUGACUUAAAGUCAUGCUGUACACUUUCAUAAUAAAAUUUACCAACUCAAAGGGAUUUUUGUCACAGAGGAGGUAUUAUGGAAGUCACCGAACUGUGGAAUUGCAUAUAAAAUUCAUAUAUUGGCCACUCCCACAAACGUAUACGACCGCACCUACAUAUUUUUGCAUGUUUACAAUUCUAAUUUUAAACAGCCAAUCGAUAUUUAACCGUAAUUGUUACCAAGAACCGGAUUGGCUGUUCCAAAUUAGAAUUGUAAACAUGCAAAAAUGUGUAGGUGCGAAAUACCUGCAACAAAACCAUGCUUUUACAAUUACAUGGUAUAUCUCGAAUAUGAUUCAGUUAAAAGUGAAUGUACUAGAUGUUGAACUAUCAACUGUAUUUUUUCAGGACAGCUGGUUUGGGGUAUUGCACCACAUUGCUGGUGAGCAUGAGUGGGCAGAUGGAGAAUGUACUCAUGGACCGUUGGUGGCCACAGAAGUAGGAAAGACCUGUUUGGACAAAAACUCCAAAGCAUUCGAGGAAAUUCGGAAGGUGGUACUUGACCAAAGAUUUUUGAAGAUUUUCAUCAGUAUGUCACAUUUAGGUAUGUGCAGGUUACUAUAAAAUAAAUAGUGAUGCCCAAUUGGUUCUACAUGUCUUCAAAUGUUGUAGUUAAUUUUGGUAAUGUGACUAGAUGUUUACAAUUACAGUACAUACACACAAGAUCCCAAUGAUAGGGGGCAGAGGCAGUCUGGCCCCUGCAUGGGAACGUUUCUGCAACACAGCCUGAGAAUUCUGCAAUAGCUUUUUAAUUUGGCCAGACUGUGUGAGCUAUUAGUAUUUGUACCUGGCAUUCCCUUAACAGUCUGAAGUACAAAGGUCUAACAAUUGUUUAAAUGAUUGGUGUUUCAACUUUAAAUCCAUGUAGGCACACCAGCAAACUGGAGAAUUUUAAUUCUAUGCUCUUAAAGUAUGCACCUAAAAGAGUGGGGUACCAGUAAGUGUGUUUUCAAUUCUAUGUUGUAGUCAUGUUAUAUAUGGAAUUGUAUUUGCUACACCAAUAAUAACCCUAUACACUUUUUAGGAAUGAUGCUUUUAUAGGUAGAACAUAUUUGGCUGCUAUUGACCACAACUCUCAUGCAUUUCGAAAACCAGCAUUUACGGCCAAUGGUAAACAAAAAGUGAGCAAGGUAUUCAGUAAGAGAUCUAAGAAUUGGAGAAUUACAACUGUGAAAGAACCAAAGACGUAUGAUUUCUGGCCCACUAUUGCGACAAGAAUAUUGAAAAAGAGAGUUGACGAUGAGGAAACCAUUCUACGCAAAGUUGAAGUGCCCAAGGAACAUCCGAAGAAUAUUGCCCCAUCGAUUGCACUGAAGCCAAUACCCAAGACAAGUGACCUAGUGGCGCAAUCUUUAUCAAGGUUUGUCUCUCGCACUGCUGGCAGUAGCCAUGAUCACACGCAAGGAGCUAAUGAAACACAGCCACAACCAACUUGUGACACUGAAACAACCUAA